GGUCCCACCCCCACCCUGGGGCCCCUCUUUGGGCACUGAGGUGGGGGCUGGGGGCCUCCCUUUGGGCGCUGCAGGCCGCCGAGGACCGUGGGGUGGGCAUAAAGUCUCUGUUCGGGCCCUGGGGUGGCCUCCUUGGGUCUGGGGUGACCUUUGGGUCCCCUUUUGGGCCUAGGGUGGCCCCUUUGGGCCCCAGAGCCCCCCCUUUGGGUCUAGGGUGACCCUUGCAGUCCCCCUUUGGGGCCUGGAGCCCCUCCUUUGGGUCUAGGGUGACCCUUGCAGUCCCCCUUUUGGGCCCCGGAGCCCCCCCUUUGGGUCUGGGGUGACCCUUGCGGUCCCCCUUUGGGGCCUGGAGCCCCCCCUUUGGGUCUAGGGUGACCCUUGCAGUCCCCCUUUGGGGCCCUGGAGCCCCCCCUUUGGGUCUAGGGUGACCCUUGCAGUCCCCCUUUGGGGCCCCGGAGCCCCCCCUUUGGGUCUGGGGUGACCCUUGCGGUCCAGAAGGGAAACUGGGCCAGGCUGAGGCUGCCCGCUUUCAGGACUGAUCUGCUUCCCAGAGGGGAAGUGGGAGCUCUCGAGCACCCUGGGGUGCUCCCAUCACUCGCAACAUGGAUGAGGUUCCCAAAAGCCGAGCAAGAUGGACCUGCUGGGCCACCAGGUCUGGGACCACCAGGGAGAACUGCAGGCAUCAGCGCUGGCCCACGUGGCCAGGCUGCGGCUCGUCCCCAGCAUCGCGGCAGCUUGCGGAUUUGCAGCUCGCCACAGGUCCUCAGCAUCCUGCUGUCCUGGGGAUGCCGAACGGGGAAACUGAGGCACGACAGCCCUGCAGCGCGUGCUGCAGCGGGGCAGAGCUGGGCCAGGAAAUGGCGCGCCGAGCUCCCGGCCGCCCCGAGCUCCCAGCCGCCCCGCCAAAGCCACGCGCAGCCCGACGAGCGCCUCGCUCGUGCCGGGGUUCGCUGCCGCUUGCGAAACGCGGCGCUGAGCCGGCACGUGACGGAGGGGCUGCGGCACAUCGGCAGCGAGUGACUCACGCCAAAAUCUCGCCGGCCUGGCUGAGAAGCUCCAUCCUGCAAAAGCAAAGGCAAGUCUGGGGUUUGCCCUGGCCUCUGCUCCCUUGGCGUUUCCCCGAGCUCAGCAGGCCCGCUGGCAUCAGGCUCGAAUCUGGGUGCGUGCUGCGGGUGCCCUGGAGCCGGACAGCUGGUCACCGUGAGGCUGGGGAGCCCUCGGAAAGCAGGAGGAGAAGACCCUCCCCGGAACCGGCUGCGGGGCUGGGAGGAGCUGUGCCACAGCCUCUGGGUCUCUCUGGACUUCGCAUCGCUUGGACAUGACCACCCCGAGCUCUUGCUGUUUGUCUUGCUGCACUGCUUGCUGCGCUGCCCUUCGUGCCUGGAAGACCCCAAAGGAGAGGUUUCUCCUGCCGCAGAACGCCGUGACUGGGUGUACGAGUGGUGGGAGCUGCCGCCUCUUCCAGAGCAGGGCCCUGGUGCUCCGUCUGUCCUGUAGCUCCAGGGUGGCUCCACUCGUGUUCAGGACCGGUGCGUGGGGAGGAAAGGGGCUGAGCUGGCCCCCCUCCCCGCCCCCGUAGCGUGGUCCAGGCGCUGCCUGGCGGGACGGUGACGUGCCAGGUCCCGUCCGCUGCUGAGCCGGCAGCGGUGGGCGCGGGACACUGGAUCUCCGUGUUGUGCGACACGGUGGUGUCCGUUUCCCUGCCUGUCACUCAGGGCCGGGGAGGCGCCGGAGCCCGGCCAGGAGCCGCUCGCGGAGCUGCGGGCAGGUCGGGGCGGCUGCCGCGGCGUCUCGCCUUGCUGCGUGUCUGGAAGCGGGCGCUGGGGCCCGGGGACGGCCCCGGCUGCGGCCCGGGACCUCGGUGCCGCCGGCGCUUGGGCUGAGCGCGCCGCAGGGGAUUUCCUCACUCAGCAGCUGAGCCGGGAGCAGCUCUUAGCCGCUUCCCCAAAUCUCUCUCGCCCUCAAACGUUGCCAAGAAGAAGCCAGGAUGAGCUCGGAGCAGCGGUUCGGCUCGGCCAAGCCGCUCCAGCGGGGAUGGCAGCUGGAAGAGGUGGGCCGACACCUUCAGCGCCGCCGGCUGCGGUGGGACAGAGGAGCAUGACUUCGCGCAUCCCUUCCUGCAGGCCGUGGGGAUGUUCCUGGGGGAGUUUUCCUGCCUGGGGGUGUUUUACCUACUGGUGUGGAGGGACCGGCACAGAGCAGAGCCCAGCAUGGCCUCGGCACAGCCCUUCAACCCGCUGCUCUUCCUGCCCCCUGCGCUGUGCGACAUGACGGGGACCAGCAUCAUGUACGUGGCCCUGAACAUGACCAGCGCCUCCAGCUUCCAGAUGCUGCGAGGGUCCGUGAUCAUCUUCACCGGGCUCCUCUCCGUGGCCUUCCUGGGCCGGAAGCUGGAGCUGAGCCAGUGGCUGGGCAUCCUGGUCACCAUCGUGGGGCUGGUGGUGGUGGGGCUGGCUGACCUGCACGGCACCCACGACCAGAAGCACAAGCUCAGCGAGGUGAUAACCGGCGACUUGCUCAUCGUCAUGGCGCAGGUGGUCGUUGCCAUCCAGAUGGUGCUGGAGGAGAAGUUCGUCUACAAGCAUGACGUGCACCCGCUGCGGGCUGUCGGCACCGAAGGCUUCUUCGGCUUCGUCAUCCUGGCCCUGCUGCUGGUGCCCAUGUACUACAUCCCGGCGGGCAGCUUCAGCGGGAACCCCCGGCGGACGCUGGAAGACGCGCUGGACGCCUUCUGCCAGCUCGGCCACCGGCCCCUCAUCGCCCUGGCGCUGCUGGGCAACGUCAGCAGCAUCGCCUUCUUCAACUUUGCCGGCGUCAGCGUCACCAAGGAGAUCAGCGCCACCACCCGCAUGGUGCUGGACAGCCUCCGCACCGUGGUCGUCUGGGCCGUGAGCCUGGCCGUGGGCUGGGAGACCUUCCACGGCCUGGAGAUCCUGGGCUUCCUGGUCCUGCUGGCGGGCACCGCGCUCUACAACGGCCUGCACCGGCCGCUGCUCGCCCGGCUGCCCCGGCGCCCGGCGCCCGGCGGCGCGGCGGAGAGCGAGAGCUUGCUGCGCGGCCGGAGCCGUGCCCUCGACAGCGAGCGCUGAGCCGCCGCCGGCCUCCGCACGGCCGAGCGGGGACCGGCGUGCUGCACGCCGCCGUCCGGCUCUCCGCUCCCCCCCGAAGGACGGGAAGGGGCUUAAGGAGCCCCAGCAGCGGCGGCCUCCGUCCUCCUGCCGACGUUUCCAAGCGGCUCCGGCGCCGAGCGGGCUGCUGCGGCGGGUAGCGCGAUGGGGGCCAGGGCCGAGCGUCGCCUCCUGCCCGGCGCGGGCUCGCCGUCGGCCACGCUGGGUCCCCCCCUUGCCCCCCAAUAAAUGCAUCACCCCGCA